UUCGAGCUGAACGAGACCAGCUAAGUCGACCAGUGAUUUCAUUCUCAGAGAGAAAAAAUAGUUACCGUGAAACGUUGUCGCGAAUUCAACGAAACCUAAUUUCAUUCUUUUCCUCUUCCUUGUAUAAAAUAUGUACACCACGGGGAAUAAAAACACUUCCGGGAGAUCCUGGAUCGUUAUCGCGAUGAUACUCGCGGUGUUUCAUCUGCCUGCGAUUGUGUCCGCACAAUUCGGCUUUGAAAGAUUCAAAAGCGAAAAUACGAUCGCCACGUACGAUAAUGUAUUGAAUUUCGCAAAAGUUGGAGAGAACGACGUUGCAAAGCAGCUGAACGAAGAACUACUUGGCACGGCUAAAACACGGCACAAACGAUUAUCGGAUCAAAGGCGAGCAGAACUAGAGACCCUGAUGGCUCUUUCAAAGAUGACGGAAAAAUUGGUCAACGUAAUAAGGGGAGGACGACACUUGGAUCUGACGAAAUCCGGUCGAAGGAAGCGAUCGAUCUUCGAUUUAAACGUGAAGAAUCUUCAAAAGCUAUUCCGACUUUCAGGGAAAAUCGGUUACAAGGGAAAUAAGGCCUAUCCUGUUGUUAGUUGAGAAUUGAUAGCAAUGCGAAGGAUGUUGACGUAAUUUUAAUUUACCAAUGACGGUACAGAGAAUCAGAAUAGGAUGACCCUGGUACGAAAAUAAACAAAUCGGGUGUAUCAAUUCGUCGCACGAAAUCAUCGAUGGAUCAUCAUAUUGACGAAUUAGGCGUUUCAUCGGCAAAAAAUGAUCUUUUCUUACGCAUGAAUAAGAAUGACAAUUAUGUAACUUAUUUAUUUAACGGAAUGAAUGUUUGCAAAUUGUUUUUUGUACGAUGUUUUCUACUUUUUAUAUUAUUUAUCAAUAAAUUUAUAUAUAAUUCAACUUAA